AUGCUAAAAGAAAAAGUUUUACCGAAUCAACAAACUGUGGAUUAUCCUAGCUUCAAGCUUGUUAUUGUUGGCGAUGGCGGCACUAGAAAGACAACAUUUGUGAAGAGGCAUUUGACAGGGGAGUUUGAGAAAAAGUAUGAACCAACUAUUGGUGUGGAAGUUCAUCCACUUGAUUUCUUUACAAACUGUGGAAAGAUUCGAUUCUAUUGUUGGGAUACGGCUGGCCAAGAGAGAUUUGGUGGUCUCAGAGAUGGUUACUACAUACAUGGACAAUGUGCUAUCAUAAUGUUCGAUGUUACAGCACGCUUGACUUAUAAAAACGUUCCUACAUGGCACCGUGAUCUCUGCAGAGUGUGCGAGAACAUUUCCAUUGUUCUUUGCGGAAACAAGGUUGAUGUAAAGAACAGGCAAGUAAAGGCUAAGCAGGUCACGUUUCACCGGAAAAAGAAUCUCCAGUACUAUGAAAUAUCUGCCAAGAGCAACUAUAAUUUCGAGAAACCUUUCUUGUACCUUGCCCGAAAACUUGCUGGAGAUCUUAAUCUUCGCUUUGUUGAAAGUCCUGCUCUUACUCCUCCAGAAGUAUAUAUUGAUUUGGUUCAACAGCAACUGCAAGAUUUUUCUUUUCUUUCCUGUGUGUUCAGUUUCAUUGCUUAGAAAUAACAUCGAAAUCUUGUCAGUUUCAUAUUCCUCCUUACCCUUUAGAAAGGGAGUUUAUUUAUUAGGCAUACUCAUCUUGUGAGUUGUCUGGUUGGGUGGUGCCUUUUUCCUGCAUGCACGAGCAGGAGCUUCUCCAAGCAGCUGUUCAGCCUCUCCCUGAUGAUGACAAUGACGCAUUUGAUUAGAGGACUUGAGUGCUGGAAGCUUCAUCUUUUUUAGUUCUUUUAUGGUUCUCUGUAGUUCUCUAUUGAGGAAAUUAGACUCAGCACUUGAUUAUCAAAAAUAAUUCCAAAAAUACUUGAGCAUCUUUUUUUUUCUGUCAACACUUAAUUUCACCUUUUUAUUUCAUCCAGCACUUGAUUUCACCUUUUUAUUUCAUCCAGCACUUGAUUUUACCUUUUUAUUUCAUCCAACACUUAACCCAACAUUUUUAUUUCGUCCAACAUUUAACUUCAUUUUUUUUAUUCAUCCAACAUUUAACUUCAUUUUUUUAAGAUUUAGAAUUUAGAUUUUAGGAUUUUAGGGGUUUAGAGUUUAUGAUUUUAGGGUUAGGGUUUAGCAUGAUUUAGGGUUUAGGAUUUAAGAUUUAGGAUAUAGGGUUUAGCAUGAUUUAGGAUUUAGGGUUUAGCAUGAUUUAGGGUUUAGAGUUUGGAGUUUAGGGUUUAGGGUUUAGCAUGUUUUAGGGUUUAGAGUUUGGAGUUUAGGGUUUAGGGUUUAGGCUUUAGCAUGAUUUAGGGUUUAGGGUUUAGUAUAGUUUAGGGUUUAGGGUUUAGAGAAAUAAGAUUUUAAGUGUUAGAUCUAAUGUUUUUAUUAAAUCAAGUGCUAGGUGCAAUUUAUUUUCUUUUGUAAGUAUUGUCCGCAAAUAAAAACGAACAUAAGUAUUUUUGAGAUUAUUUUAAUAAAA